AUGGUGCUUGAUCACAAUAAUCCAUUAGUGGUACCACUACCUUAUACGUUCAAUUCACCCAGUGACUAUCCAACAGAGGUGUUGGCAAAUAGGUUUCAGGCAUGGCGUACUAUUAUCAAGGAUUUAUUAUCUUACUUUAGGGAGUUCGCUAGUGUUCAAGAAGAAAUAGUGAGACAACAACUGAGAUUACAACAAGCUGUGAAAAUAUCGUCACUGGUAGAUGGUGGGACUCAGAAUCAUCAUACUAGUGGUAGCGCUAAAGAAGAUAAUGCAAUUAAUAAGUUCUUUUUACCAGUUGGAAAUGGUUCUAUUCAAGACUUACCAGCCAUCUUGACGAAAUUCCAUCAGCAAAACAUAACAAACGCUUCAAAAACUCUCAAAGAUAUCAAUCAGACAAUAAUACCAAAGCUAGACGAGCUCAGAAAAGAUUUAUUGGUAAAAAUUAAAGAAAUCAAGAACUUGCAGAACGAUUUUCAUACAAAUUUAGGAAAAGAGGUAAACGAAACAAAGCAUGUUUUGAAUCAAUUCAGUCGUGCAAUCGACCAUUCAAAUAAGUUGGAUAGUUCAAGCUCCAGCCAACAUGAGAAUGAUGAUCCAUACAUUGUGAAAAUAAAAUUGGAUAGACAAUUAAGGAGACAAUUGAAUGAAGAAAACUAUCUUUAUGAGGCUUAUGCCAAUUUGCAAAAUGCAGGAGGAAAGCUAGAAUCAAUAAUUGUAUUGGAAAUUCAAAACUACAUAUCCAUAUUUUUGAGUUUAGUCGAGACAGAGAGCCUGACUAUUCCAAACUUCCUUGUUCCUAAUGUAAAUCAUGGGUUUUUAUCAAAAGAGUCAACUUUCGAGUGGGAUGCAUUUAUUUCAAAUCACCUACCAACUUCUAUGCCAAUUUCUGCUCAAAACAAAGGGGGGACUUUUAUCGAUCUUUCCUUUCCAGCAAGAAAAGUCCAUAAUUUGAAUAUACCAGGCAUUGAUUCACCUUUGAAUUUUGCAGUCAGGGAAGGGACCUUGGAGAGACGAUCGAAGUUUCUUAAGAGCUAUUCUAGCGGCUGGUAUGUCUUAACUUGCAAUUACUUGCAUGAAUUUAAAAGCUCGGAUAUGAAGAAAGACCCUCACCCUGUAAUGUCACUUCCUCUAGAUUCAUGUACUGUAACUGAACAUUCAAAAGACGAUGGAAAACAGGGAGGAGUUUAUAAAUUUAUUUUAUGCUCUAAGGGAUCUAAUGGUUUAAUGCAUAGGAGCCAUAACUGGGUCUUCAGGACAGACAAUUACGACAAGAUGAUAAAUUGGUACAAUGAUUUAAAAACCUUGACUAGCUUGCCAACACCUUCUUCUCGGGCGCGGUUCUUAAAAAAGAGCUCUAAAGUUCAAGGUAAUGUGAUUUCAAGUUCUAAGAAGAUAUCAAGAAAUUCCAGCUUGACUUCUAAUAUAACUAAUAGCAAGUCGCUCAAAACUUUAGCCACAAAUAAUUCGGGGCAUGGAAAUAGACUUGAGUCAUUGAGGUCAAGGCCGACAUCUCAAAAUACGUCUCCUGGUAACUUAAAUCGUCUAUCUUCCACAUUCUCAACAAGGGAUAACCAAUCUACGCGACUUGGAAAUAUGAUCAAUAGUGAUGGGACAAUUAUAACACCAGUGGAUACUCGGCAAGACGAUGAGCAAUUUAAUGCUCAGAACGGUGUCACUAAAGUAGAGUCAAAAACAUCUGAGACUGGCAAGGGCACCCCACAGGCUCUAGGUAAUCUGUUCCAUCCAUCGAUUUAUCCCCAGAAUUAUAUUGUAGCUACCCCUUCGCAGGGUCAGCAAUUUUAUGAUCCAGUCCUGCAACAGUUCUACAUGCUUACACCCAGCGCUCCACCACAGGCACAAGUAGCCUCGAAUAUGACACCACGACCAGAUUCGCCCCAGCAUUUUUAUAGUGUAGCUCCAACACAGUCUCCGGCUCAGCAACAACCCCUUUAUCAAAUGGAUCCAAAUGGAUAUUAUCUGCAAUAUCAUCCAUUGAGCGAAUCAUUCAAGGGAGAUUUACCAUAUCCAACUGGCUCGCAUAUUCCUACUGACCAUUCUAUCAUUUCAAGUCAGCGUGCUUCAUCACCGACAAAUGAAGCCAUCGUCAACAAAGAAAUCAAGGACACUUCCAAGAAUAACAAAGCUAGCGAGGACGAUUCCACAUUGAAAAGUCUCGUAACUGGAGAGGAUGCAGAGAAGCGCGAGAUUCCUGAAGAAACUCAAGAAAAAGACUCAGCAGUCCAAUAG